UCAAAUUAUUCAUGAUCAAAUCCAAUUAAUAAUUUAGGCAAAAUGGCUGCUAAGAGUGAUGAGAAAGGUGAAGAUGCUGCAUUUAGUGCCUUCCUAAGCGAGGUCAAGCAAAUAGAAAAGAGAGACUCUGUCUUAACUGGUACACAGCAGAUAGAUAGGUUGCUCAGAAAAGGGGCCAAGUAUGCCAAUCUCAAUCCUUAUGAGGUAUUGCUGAUUGAUCCAGAAAUUAGUCCUGAGGAUUUAAGAAAAGCAUAUCGUAAAUUGUCAUUUCUGGUACAUCCUGACAAGAACCAUGAUGACAAAGAGAGAGCUCAAAUUGCUUUUGAAGCUGUAAACAAAGCAUACAAGACAUUAGAAGAUCCCGAACAGCUUGAGUACUGUAAAAGCAUUUGGGAAGAAGCUGUUGCAACUACCGAUCAAAAGUUGAGGGAAAAGAGAGCAGAAAAUAAGAAGAGAGGAAUCAAAUUUAUUGAUGAGGACAAAAAUCCUGAGCUGAAGAAAGAAAUGAUUCGAAAAACAAUGACAAAGCUAUUUGUCGACUAUGAUAUUAGAAAGAAACAACUAGAGGAGCGAGAAACAACUGAGAAAAAGAGAUUUAAAGAGAUGGAGGAUGAAGAGAAAGACAAGAUAAAGCGAGUGAAGGAGUAUGAACAGGAAUGGGCUGCUUCAAGAGUUGAGAGGGUGACAAGUUGGAGAGACUUUCAAAACAAAGGACCCAAGAAAGCAAAGAAAACCCACUCGUACAAACCCCCGAAAUUUAAACAAGAAACACGAUCAUGAACAUCCCCUCCUUCCAUCACUGUCAUAUCGCCUAUCUCUUUCUCUCUCUUUUAAAAUUCUUGUUGUUAUUAAUUUAUUAUCAUUCAUUGUGGUAAAGACUAAUCCAUAAAACAAUAUCAAA